CUGGUGGAGCACAUGUGUCAAUCAAAAGCAACCGGUCUGGUCUGGAGCACGUAGUCGGGGAACUACGAUCGCCUGAUGUUUCUGCUUAUUCACCAAAGCGGUUGCGCCGGUUUCCCAGCGUAGCGCCGUGUGGCGUGAGCCCCGGUGACGCUGUGCUGAGGGAGGCUUAAAGAGACAACAGUGAAAUCAUAGCAACUUGAGGACAAGAGGCACCAGACGAGGAAGAUAGCGACGAACGCAGAACCAUGACUUCGACUGCAUUUCGAUAGCGAACAUUUGAAGAUAACAAACCGACAUCGCCCCAGACUGUUUGUUUCUGCUGUCGGUGUAAUUCCGGGUUGCCCACUAAGCUGUGGCCCUGCAUCAUGGAGAGUGUCCAGAGUGUCACUGAAGGCUGACCAGAAGGAAUGAGGCACUCCAGGAGAUGUUCCCAAGUGGCCUUGUGGAUGCAGUAGUUGCGUUUCCGAGUGCUUUUUUUAUGACUAGUGUUGCAUGUGUGUCUUUGGACACAUCCUAACACCACCUGCCUAUUUGUCAGGCGGGUACAUGAUGCUCUGAGACUGGAGUGGAGAAACGCACAACAAAGAAGCCCCUGUGGUAUAUGAAGAAAAAGGGAAAAAGCUGUCCAAUAGACACACGGGUCCAUUCGGCUGCAGUUUUGGCUCAUUUAAGUGUCUUCUGAACCGCUUCGCAUUUUAACAGCAACACCUUUCCUCUGUCCUGUGAGACUUCUCCCUCCCCCUCCCUAAAACAGUCUCCAUUGUCAUUGGAGUUUCUAUGGUUUGCAUGGCUGGAAAAUAACCGUGGAGAGACCAGGGUAUCACAAGCUUAUGGAUUUUGACAAGAGAGGGGGCAAGGGAGAGACAGAGGAAGGGAAAAAGAUGUCUAAGACAACAAGCAGCAGGACUGGACAUGGGGGCAGGAGUACAGGGAGCAAUUCUGGAGUUCUUAUGGUUGGUCCAAACUUCCGCGUGGGUAAAAAAAUUGGCUGCGGAAACUUUGGAGAACUGCGGCUGGGAAAAAAUCUCUAUACUAACGAAUAUGUGGCCAUCAAAUUGGAACCUAUAAAAUCCAGGGCGCCGCAGCUCCAUUUGGAGUAUAGAUUUUACAAACAGUUGGGGAAUUCAGAGGGAAUCCCUCAGGUGUACUAUUUUGGUCCUUGUGGGAAAUACAAUGCCAUGGUGCUGGAGCUGCUUGGGCCCAGUCUAGAGGACCUGUUUGACCUCUGUGACCGCACCUUCUCUCUCAAGACUGUCCUCAUGAUAGCCAUACAGCUGAUAACACGGAUGGAGUAUGUCCACACCAAGAGUCUGAUCUACAGAGAUGUGAAGCCUGAAAACUUUCUUGUUGGGCGGCCAGGAAGCAAGAGGCAGCACACCAUCCACAUCAUUGACUUUGGUCUGGCCAAAGAAUACAUAGACCCCGAGACCAAAAAACACAUCCCCUAUCGGGAGCACAAGAGUCUGACUGGGACGGCACGCUACAUGAGCAUUAACACACACCUGGGAAAGGAACAAAGCAGAAGGGACGAUUUGGAGGCCUUGGGUCACAUGUUCAUGUACUUCCUUCGAGGCAGCCUUCCCUGGCAAGGCCUAAAGGCCGACACCUUGAAGGAGAGGUAUCAGAAAAUUGGAGACACCAAACGAGCAACGCCGAUUGAAGUCCUUUGUGAAAGUUUCCCUGAAGAGAUGGCCACCUACCUGCGCUAUGUGAGGAGGCUGGAUUUUUUUGAGAAGCCGGAUUACGAUUACUUGAGGAAGCUCUUCACCGAUCUGUUUGAUAGGAACGGCUACGUCUUCGACUACGAAUAUGACUGGGUCGGCAAAUCGCUCCCCACGCCGAUAGGCCCCAUCCCCAGUGACACGCCCGUGCAGCCCAGCAGCAGAGACAAAGCACAACAGCAGACCAAAAACCCGUCGCCUGAGCCCAAAGGAAGUGAGUCUCAGCCCACUCCCGUGACCAAUAAGGAGACUCUGGGGUCGCACCUCACAGCUGAGCGGCUGGGGGGCUCUGUUCAGGUGAUGAGCUCAACAAAUGGCGAGCUGAACACUGAUGAUCCCACAGCCGGACACUCCAACGCUCCCAUCACCGCUCCCACCGAGGUUGACGUACCUGACGAAACCAAGUGCUGUUGUUUCUUCAAAAGGAGGAAGAGGAAAGCGCUCCAGAGGCACAAGUGAAAGAAGAGAACAGAGAGAACUUGAAACAUUGUGGUCACUGUCAAGUUUUAAAUGGAAGCAACUACACAGACUCCCCCACCCCCCACCGCCCAUUAUCUCUUUCCAGCUACCCCCCUUCCCCUCACCUCCUUACUCCUUUCAUUCCCCGCUGUCACCAUGUACCUCCCCGCUUGAGUUCUCUCUCUCUCUCUCUCGAUCCCAGCGCUCCCCAGCGAGUAAAAGGAAUGUUGCAGUCACAGCGACUCCACAACAGACUCCUGAUUCCUUUACAGAUGAAAAAUAAACAAACCUGCAUCACCACAUGAGGGCAGUGUGAGGGGGAGGGGCUCGAGAAAAACGUUUAAAAAAAACAAACAAAAAAAAAAAGCUGUAACAAUGAAACUCGAAUACCGUGGCGUGAAUAUGAAAAAAGAUACUGUUUGAAACAGUUGUUGUAUUCUAGAUUCCAUAAAGAACGUGUGUUGUUCGAACAGUCAGCUGUUGAUCAGGGGAAACCAUUCAAGUGGUUCGAGUGCAAGAAAUCUGCUCCUUUAUUAGGAAAUUGUUCAUUUUAUUUUCUUUGGUGUGUCUUUUUUUGGGAUCAAGGUGAAAGAGGAAAAGGUGAACUAUGCUGAUGUUAAAUGUGAGCGACACAGGAAGCAUUUCAUCUAUAAAUCAGAAUCUGGAGGAUUUUUAUGUAUUUUUUCUUCCUCUUUGUUUUUUUCGUUUUGUUUUUUUUUUGUAAAUGAAUCCUCAGUUUUCAAAGUCAAAUCCCUGCAUUGAAAACUUAUUUUUAUGUUGUAGUGUUCUCAAGUUCAAUUCUUUCCUGACUCUGGCUUUCUUUUAUUUUGUUUUGUCUGUCGACGCGGACUUUGUAGCACAGUCACUGGCCUCAGGUACUGUGGAAGAAUGAGAGGAACCGAUAUUAAGCUCUCUUAUUAUUAUUGCACUUUUUGGAGGAAAAAAAAAACAAUUACAGUGGAAAACUUUAGGUUUGAAAUUAACAAUUAAGGAAACAACUUAAUAAAGACUGAUCUAGGAAGAGUCCUUCACAAUGCUUAUAUCUGAGUUAUGGCUGAAAAAUGUUGUGGAUUCUCAUGAAAAGAAAAGGAGAUGUCUUUUUUUGAUUUUUAUUUCUUACAUCAAAAAUAAUUUACCAGGAAAUCAUAGUUUGUGCCUUUCUAAGUAAAAUGUUUAAAGCUCAAGUGAGUGUCCCGCAAUGACAUUUUAUCUAAUCUGACCCUAAUGCUCACUGGAUUACUCUGUGUGUGUGUGUGUGUGUGUGUGUGUGUGUGUGUGUGUGUGUGUGUGUGUGUGUGUGUGUGUGUGUGUGUGUGUGUGUGUUUGUAUUUUUUCCCAAAUCUGGAGGUUUUGCAGGCAGAUGACUCUGUGCACAUCCCUGUCAGUCACUUAUAAGUCAGUAUACAUCUUUCUGUCUCCUGCUGUAACGCCACAUCUGUACAGUGGUGGCGGUUUGGCGUGUGUGCUGUGCCACCUCAGCAAGACGCAACGGGCAACAACCCACAUCUGUCUGACCCGCUGUUCACUUUCAUCUGGAGGUCACAGAUGGUCAGGGAGGUUAACUCGUUUAAAGGGUACACGAGGUCUGGGCUGCUGUUUUCGAUCAAACUGUACUCGACAGAAAAAAUUACAUUUUUUUUUGUGUGUGUGUUUUAUCAUGUUUCCCAUCAGCCCCUGUUUCAUGUAGCCCUUUAAUACCUUUUUGUUCCACUCGUCUGAGGGCCUGCUGCCUCGGCGUACAUCGGUGCCAAACAUUUCUUCAACAGCUUUGAAGAUUAUCAGAAAGAUUUUCCCUUUAAUUUUUACGUUGCAUUUCCUGUAAAAGUGAGAGGAGGGAAAAAAGUUGAAAUUCCUCUGGAUUUGUGAAAAACCCCACAAUGCAUCUUUCUUCACAGCUUCACCCUCUGCUGUAAUCAGUGGAACCUCUUUUUGGUUUUGAUGAGCCGUCUUGCUGUCACGAAUUGUGGCCUGCUCCUUUAAGGACACGAUCGAGCCUUCCUACCGGUAUGAUUGUUGUUGCACAGGGCUGAUCAUGUGAUUGAUGACGAAGUGAAAGGCACGACACGUCACAGUUUCGGUUUACAAAAAGUGAUCUUGCUCAUUAAUGUGGGUGGUAUCAAAGAAUUUUACGGGAUGCUCAAGAUUUAGUGUUUUCAUUUAAACCAAACAACCUCGGGAUGUAUUUAAAGUCACACGAGACAUUUGGAUCGACGACACAAGUCGAUCAGCUUCUUAUGAAUUAAUGUUUUACCUUCUCAGUUUAGUGAUUUAUUUUGAAAGGGGAGAUAAAUGUGUGUCUGAGCAGGUUUCGGAAGACAAAUGUGCUUAAAUAACCCACCAGGUGAAGUCAGAGGAGCCAGCUGUCUGUAGUCACAGUGUUGUCGUGGCUUCAUUAGACAGCGUGCGCUGCAAUAACCCAAACACAGAACAAAGGUGUGACUCGGGGUGAUCAGGUGCGCUGUUGACGCCCAAGACUUUCCCCCCUUUUAGGCCCUGAGGUCACUCUUUUAAAAGUUGGGUGGGAACCUGGCUUUGCAAAAUCACCGCGUUUAUUAAUUUUAUAAUUCAGGUUUUGUUUUGUUUUUCUGGAGAUGGCAGGGUUGACCCAUGUAAAUUCUGCUCUCCGUCUCUUAGUGUACCUACUUGCAUUAUGUAUUUGUAAAUAUGACAACGACAGAUCUCUAAUUGUGAAUAAAGCAAAGUUUUAUCA